CCCUCCCCUCCGCCCGGCCUCCUCCGCUCCGGAGCCAGGUUCGGCCAGCCCGGGAGCGGAGACCCGAGCUGGGAACAGGCCUGGGGGAGGCGGGGUGGACGGCGCUGGGCUUGCAGCUGCUGUCUCCGGAGCGGGACGGAACCUGUGCUUUCUUUCCCCUGCAAGUCUGGGGAUGUGACCGGGGCAGGCUGAGAGAGAGAGUCGGAGGCGCACCCCGCCACAGCCGUCCCAGCCCCGGACCCCCCCCUGCCAAGCCCCCGAGGGGGGGAGGGGUCGGCCCACCCCUCCCCUCCCUUCCCUCGGCUCCUCUCCCCUAGGUCCUUCCUGUCCCUCUCCCUUUCUCGAGGCCGAGGACCAAGUGACAGGAAAACCGACGGAAACGGGCAGCCAGCUGGAGCCACCGGGUUUCAGAAGUAGAGAGAAAGAGAUGUGACCUGUUGCUCUUGGGCAGAAGAGGCCCUUCCCUCUUUUUUUACACCAGACGGCAAAUGCACUAAAGACAAUUCAGCACUGGAAUGGCUUGCCUCACCAUGACAGAAAUGGAGGGAUCUGCCACAUCUUCUACCCACCAAAAUGGAGAUAUUCCUGGGAAUGAUGAUACUUUGAAGCAGAUAGAGCCAGUUCUUCAGGUCUAUCUUUAUCACUCCCUUGGGAAGACUGAAGGAGAUUAUUUACAGUUUCCAGUUGGGGAAUAUAUUGCUGAGGAAAUUUGUAUUGCUGCUUGUAAAGCUUGUGGUAUCACACCUGUCUAUCAUAAUAUGUUUGCUUUAAUGAGUGAAACUGAGAGGAUCUGGUAUCCUCCCAACCAUGUCUUCCAUGUAGAUGAGGCAACCAGGUACAAUGUACUCUACCGAAUAAGGUUUUACUUUCCUCAUUGGUAUUGUAAUGGAAGUAAUAGAACAUAUCGGUAUGGAAUAUCUCGAGGUUCAGAGGCCCCUCUUCUUGAUGACUUUGUCAUGUCUUACCUUUUUGCUCAGUGGCGGGAUGAUUUUGUUCAUGGAUGGAUCAAAGUACCUGUGACUCAUGAAACUCAGGAAGAAUGUCUUGGGAUGGCUGUCCUAGAUAUAAUGAGAAUAGCUAAAGAAAAGGAUCAGACCCCACUGGCAGUCUAUAACUCUACCAGCUACAAGACCUUCUUACCAAAAUGUGUUCGAGCAAAAAUCCAAGAUUAUCAUAUUUUGACCCGAAAGCGAAUAAGGUACAGAUUCCGCAGAUUUAUUCAGCAGUUCAGCCAAUGCAAAGCUACUGCCAGAAACUUGAAACUUAAAUAUCUUAUAAAUCUGGAAACUCUUCAGUCUGCCUUCUACUCAGAGCAAUUUGAAGUAAAAGAACCUGGCAGAGGUCCUUCAGGUGAGGAGAUUUUUGCAACCAUUAUAAUAACUGGAAACGGUGGAAUUCAGUGGUCACGAGGGAAACAUAAAGACAGUGAGAUCCUGACAGAACAGGAUUUACAGAUGUACUGUGACUUUCCUGAUAUUAUUGAUGUCAGCAUUAAGCAAGCAAACCAAGAAGGUUCAAAUGAGAAUAGAGUGGUGACUAUCCAUAAGCAAGACAGCAAGAAUUUGGAAAUUGAAUUUCCCACAUUGAGAGAAGCUCUGUCUUUUGUAGCAUUAAUUGAUGGAUACUAUAGAUUAACUGCAGAUGCACACCAUUACCUCUGUAAAGAAGUAGCACCCCCAACAGUCCUUGAAAAUAUCCAAAGCAACUGUCAUGGCCCAAUUUCGAUGGAUUUUGCCAUAAGUAAACUGAAGAAAGCAGGUAAUCAGACUGGCCUCUAUGUCCUUCGAUGUAGCCCUAAGGACUUUAAUACAUAUUUCCUCACUUUUGCUGUUGAGCGGGAAAAUGUCACUGAUUAUAAGCACUGUUUGAUUACAAAAAAUGAGAAUGGGGAGUUCAACCUCAGUGGAACCAAGAAGAACUUUACUAACCUUAAGGACCUCUUGAAUUGCUAUCAAAUGGAAACUGUCCGAUCAGAUAGUAUCAUUUUCCAGUUUACGAAGUGUUGCCCCCCAAAGCCCAAAGAUAAAUCGAAUCUUCUAGUCUUCAGGAGUAAUGGUAUUUCUGAUGUUCCCACAUCACCAACAUUACAGAGGCCCAAAAAUGUGAACCAAAUGGUGUUUCAUAAAAUCAGAAAUGAAGAUUUAAUAUUUAAUGAAAGCCUUGGGCAAGGCACUUUUACCAAGAUUUUUAAAGGUGUAAGAAGAGAAAUAGGAGACUAUGGCCAGCUCCAUGAAACAGAAGUCCUUUUAAAAGUUCUGGAUAAAGCACAUAGAAAUUAUUCAGAGUCUUUUUUUGAAGCAGCAAGCAUGAUGAGCCAGCUUUCUUACAAGCAUCUGGUUUUAAAUUAUGGAGUCUGUGUCUGUGGAGAAGAGAAUAUUCUAGUUCAAGAAUUUGUGAAAUUUGGAUCAUUGGACACAUAUCUGAAAAAGAACAAAAAUUCUAUAAACAUAUUAUGGAAGCUUGAGGUGGCAAAACAGUUGGCAUGGGCCAUGCAUUUUCUUGAAGAAAAAAGCCUCACCCAUGGUAAUGUGUGUACUAAGAACAUUUUACUAAUCAGAGAAGAGGACAGAAAGACAGGAAAUCCUCCUUUCAUCAAGCUCAGUGAUCCUGGCAUUAGUAUUACAGUUUUGCCAAAAGACAUUCUUCAGGAGAGGAUACCAUGGGUUCCACCUGAAUGCAUUGACAAUCCUAAGAACCUAAGUUUGGCAGCAGAUAAGUGGAGUUUUGGUACUACUUUGUGGGAAAUUUGCAGUGGAGGAGACAAACCUCUGAGUGCAUUAGAUUCUCAAAGAAAACUGCAGUUCUAUGAAGAUAGACACCAGCUCCCUGCACCAAAGUGGACGGAGUUAGCAAAUCUUAUAAAUAAUUGUAUGGAUUAUGAGCCAGACUUCAGACCUUCUUUCCGGGCCAUCAUACGAGACCUUAACAGCUUAUUCACUCCAGACUAUGAACUUUUAACAGAAAAUGACAUGUUGCCAAAUAUAAGAAUGGGUGCCCUAGGAUUUUCUGUUGCUUUUGAAGACAGAGAUCCCACACAGUUUGAAGAGAGACACCUUAAAUUCCUACAGCAACUUGGCAAGGGCAAUUUUGGGAGCGUGGAAAUGUGCCGAUAUGACCCUCUACAAGACAACACUGGUGAAGUGGUGGCUGUGAAAAAGUUGCAGCACAGUACUGAGGAGCACCUGAGAGACUUUGAAAGAGAAAUUGAAAUUCUUAAAUCUUUGCAACAUGACAACAUUGUCAAAUACAAGGGAGUGUGCUAUAGUGCUGGCCGUCGUAACCUGAGAUUAAUUAUGGAAUAUUUACCUUAUGGAAGUUUACGUGACUAUCUCCAGAAACAUAAGGAAAGGCUGGAUCAUAAGAAACUUCUACAGUAUACGUCUCAGAUCUGCAAGGGAAUGGAGUAUCUUGGUACAAAAAGAUAUAUCCAUAGGGAUCUGGCCACAAGAAAUAUUUUAGUGGAAAAUGAGAAUAGAGUUAAAAUUGGAGAUUUUGGAUUAACGAAAGUCCUGCCACAAGACAAAGAAUAUUACAAAGUGAAAGAGCCUGGUGAAAGCCCCAUAUUCUGGUAUGCUCCAGAAUCACUCACGGAGAGCAAGUUUUCUGUAGCCUCAGAUGUGUGGAGCUUUGGAGUAGUUCUGUAUGAACUUUUCACAUAUAUUGAGAAAAGCAAAAGCCCCCCAGCGGAAUUUAUGCGUAUGAUUGGUAAUGACAAACAGGGGCAGAUGAUUGUAUUCCAUCUAAUAGAACUUUUGAAGAAUAAUGGAAGGUUGCCAAGACCAGAUGGAUGUCCUGACGAGAUUUAUUCUAUCAUGACCGAGUGUUGGAACAAUAAUGUAAGCUUACGCCCUGCCUUCAGGGACCUUGCUCUUCGAGUGGAUCAGAUAAGAGAUGACAUGGGCGGAUGAAAAAAAUGGAACUUCAUUUUAAUGAUACAGAACUAAACUUUGUUCAGGACAGUUCUCACACAGGUUGUGGUGGUGAACAGAACAGAAAUGCAAAUAUCUCUUCAGAACUUGCAGAUGCAAAUCUCAUCAAAACUUGCAGAAUCCAUCAAAUGUUUGUUUUCUUCAUGAGGAUAUAUUUGCUCCCAUGAGAACAUGCCAAUGAAACCCAUUAAUAAGAAAUUUUUUUCUAUCAAGAUGGUGGAAGUAUUCCUGUGUGUGGUCAGUCAGUAUCACCAUCAUUUGCCUUACUUGGCAAAGCAAAAAAAGGAAAAAAACUUCUUUUUUGACUCAGUUAAAUUUUUGAGAGGUGAAAACAUUUAAUGCUCUUUUUUUUUUGUGCAAAGUUAAAAAUGCAGAGAAUAUAUUUGUACAGUCUUUUUCACAUUGAAUGUAUAAAGAACUUGGCCUCUUGUGUAGUGUUUUGCACAAAGGUUUACAGUCAUUGGUAUUGUUUUCUAAUUUUUCCAGUGUUGAUCCACACAUAUUAGCUUCAUGAACAUUAGAAACAAGAUAAGAUGUUUAGACUUCUUAAUAAGCAACUUUCUGUGUGCCUAUUCUGCUCUGUCUUUGGCCAGCAUUAUAAAUAGGUGUACACUUUUAGCAUGUUGUAUCGUGUACUGUAAAUAUUUUUCAAAACAAAGGGAACAAACAUAUAGUUUUACUUGUACAGGAUAACCCCAGGCCCAUAACACCCCCUUUAAGAAUACAUUUUGAAAUGGAACAAGCAUACAAAAAUAUAGCACAAUAUAUUUUCCUACUUGGUUUUCUUGUAGCAGUUGUGGUGGAAGCAUUAAUUAAGUAAAAUUCCCUUUACAUAUAUUUUUUUGGUAAGAUAUGAACAAACAAAGUGUACUUGAAGCUUCUUCACACUGAAUAGUAGUCUUAUUUUAAGACUUUUUUGAGAAUAAGAAUAUUAACAAUAUUUUCAUUCCCUGAAUUAUUGUGUUCCUUCAAUUGAAUAUGUUCUCUCACUCCUUGAAACCAUAACACACUUAAAUUGAAUGAGUGACAGAAACAAAGACAUAAGUCGCUUUUGAUCCUUUAACUUCAUAAACCUACUUAUAGGUUGUGGGAUGGGUUAGGAAGAUAACUGAGAAAAGUUCAAUUCUUAGUCAACCUUUUAUUUCCUAAAUAUAUUCAUAUUUCCUGAAGAAUAUAUUUAAGAGGUAGCAAAAUUUCUUUUCCAGAGUCCAAGAUGAUUUCCUAUCUGUUAGAGAUUUUGUCUUAAACAACUUGAGAUCAAAUUGAAAAUUGUGAAAGCAGGUGAUUUCAAUUCUUAAUUUUUAAAGUAACAAUACAGAAUUUAAGGAACAUUAGGAAUAUGCAUUUUUAUUAUAAUACAUUUAAUAUGACACAUCUCAAAAUAUAGUUCAUAUAUCUUACUCUACUUAAGAGUAUUGUGGGUUAGAUGAAAUUUUUGGUGUCACUGCAUUCUAUAGAGAUUACAUUUUUAAUAUUUUGGGCUUAUUUGCACAAAGUUUAAAGCACGUAUCUUGCCUCAAAGUAAUAGCACAUUCUUAGUAGAACAAGUUGUCUUUAAAAAAAAACAACACAACUACAUGCCUUUCUUCAAAAUAAGUCCCACUGUCAUUUUCUAAAUACUGCUUUGGAGCUGACUUAAGUCAGAAACUUAUAUGGUGUUUAAAAAAACCAACAACUUCAUUUAUAGAGGGAUUAGCCUAUACAGAUUUUUUUUUCCUACUUGUUUUAUUUUAUUUUUUUAAUUAUACAAUACCAUCAUAGCUUCAAAAAUGUUUUAGCUAGACUAUUGAAUACAGAAGUAAUAUAAAAGGACAGAUUACAUUUGUAAUAAGAUUUAUAGUGUAUAUUUUAGAGAAAGCCAAAUAUAAUUUCUGUUUAUUUAAAAAAAAACAACCUCAGGGAUGUCUGUAUUAUAAUGCAAUUAUGAGAUCUUCCAUACUGCUAGUUUUCAAAUGAAAGGUAAGCCCUUGUUUGUUUGAAUACAGUAUGCUUGUUUUUGUACUGGGUACUAAAAUUCAAGUUACUAAAGGAUGUUAUGAUUCUUGGAGUGCUAUAACAUUUUAUUUUAUGUUUUUGUUUGUUUUUUAAGGGUACUAGAUAGUUUUUUUUUAACUUUUAUAAUGUUUAAAUUUUACGUAUAUUAGGUAAAGGAGUGCAAUAUUGGCAAGCAAACAUCAUUGUACUAGAGACAAACAAUUAACCAACCUACUGAAAAACUCCAGGUUGUUUUUUUAUUGAAGGUUUGUAUCGUGAUGAUUUAUUUUUAAUUCCAACCAUGCAUCAAAAUUGCAAUUUUCCAAAACAUUUUAACUAUUCAGUGAUUUUACAUUAGAAACAGGUAAAUGACCGCUGCCCUCAAAUGAAGGCGCAUCAGAAGUAAGGUUAAAUGUCUUGUUAAAAUUUUUAACAAUUCUGUAAAUACUCCAUUGUACAUCUUUACUUUUUACAGUCUUUGCAUUAAUGAAGAAACAAAUUUCUUUCCUUCAGUUGCCGUUUGCUUUGGGAAAGUCACUUUUUCCAUGUUAUUGUGUAUGCUACUAAAAGUGCUAUGAUUUGCUGUGGAAAAGUGUGCUUUCUCUUCAUAUACAUAACCAGCUGCUAUGAAGUUACAUGGAACUUUUAUCACAGCUACAGGUUUUCUAAUGCUCCAAAUUUAUUUAAACAGUCACACAAAACGUUAUAACUGCACAUUUGUGUUUCCCCCCCAUAAAGUAUCAUUUUGAGAUUUUUUUAUUAAUUGGUGCAAUUUGUUUUCUCAAAAAUUAAUCUUCCACACAUUCCCCAAAGUUGUAACCAUCAUUCAUGUAGUAAGUGAUGUAGAUGCGAGUUUCCACUGCAUGGAAGUGGGGAGACUCACUCAUUUAUUUAGGUAUUGGCAAAUCAUAGUCAUUAAUAAGAGAAACUCACCUGUUGGUUUAGGUAUAGAUAGUUCAUAAUAGCUAUUAAAUGCUUCUGUGGCUCUCUGACACCAAUCGCUGUACUAUCCCUCUUGAGCAUUGCUGUACCCAACCUACUCCAAACUAUUAAAAUGAUUUUUUUUUAAUGAAGGCUUCCUCUAGUUUUUCAGGCUAGGUUUAUAAAAUUACCCUUAAUUCAUUGUGUGGAAUAUCCUUUGCCAAAUAAAUAUGUUUAAGUAUGUAUGAUAAAUAUGAAAAAACAGGUGUUAAGUUUUUUUGUUUGCUUGUUUUUUGUUUUUUAUUGAGGCAGUUGGGGUUAAGUGACUUGCCCAGGGUCACACAGCUAAAGUGUCAAGUGUCUGAGGCUGAAUUUGAACUCAAGUACUUCUGACUCCAGGGCUGAUGCCACCUAGCUGCCUCCCAUCUAUUUAUUUUAAAUGAGAGCGAUGAAUUAGGGAUUCUAAAACAGAGUAACUUGACCUGAAGCCUACAAGUAAAUCUCAGAGAAUUCAUAGCUUGUAUGGGGGAAAAAAAUUAACUCUAUUUUCACUCUAACUGAAAAUUUACCAUUCCUUUCCAUUGUGAUUUUAUA